GCAAGGCUGUGGAAACGAGCAGAGCGCCUGACCACGCGUGCCGCGUGCGCCGCCGCAGCGCACAGAGGCUCAUCGUCACUGCCCGCUGCAGCGCCGCGCGAAACGGUGCCGCCGCGACGCUCCAAAGAGCCAAAACGCAGCCAUGGGCCCCAGAGCGGCCCACCACCUCUCGGGCCUCGUCUCCGGCCUCGCCGUCCUACCGCUCGAGCCGGAACGACCCGCGCUAGCGGCUCUAGGCGUCGGGUUUUGUGUCGUAGUGGCUUGCACGUUACUCUUUGACCCACAAGGCAGAGCUGUAUUAUUCAGGAAACUAGCUCUCUACACACGCGGAACAGCCAUGAUGUUGGUAGGAAGAGAUAAAAAAUGGUCCAAGAAGGGCCGGCCGGACCCGGCCACCGUAGCGACAGCGAAGGACAAGACUAGUACAAGGAUCAUUUUUGUCCGUCAUGGCGAAAGUGCCUGGAAUCUCAUAUUUAACGUCGGCCCCAAGAUCCUCGUGCCCUUCAAGGCUGUUCAUGCUCUACUGCGGGAGACUUUGUUACUCUUGCGGCUCGACGACGAUUCCGUAUUAUAUGAUAGCCCCUUGAACGAGGAAGGGCUGGCCCAAGCGCGCGAGCUGAACGACCUGAUAGAGAAUUAUCGGGGCGAACAUUUGGGGGACGUCCAGGCCAUGCGCGACCCGUCGAAGAGUGUUGUUUGUUCUUCCAACCUGCGGAGGGCGGCGCAGACGAUACUGUUGGGACUGAAGAACCGCCUGGACUCGUCCGACGAGAAGAUCCAGUGUUUGACAUCUCUACAAGAAAUUUCUACCAAUGUCGAUACUCUCUCAAUAACACCGCCCCACAAAGCGCCAAGGCACUUAGGGAGUGGAGUCCCAGCUCGAUUGGCUCAUGCCGACCGGUGGGACCCGUCCCUCAACUCAGGAAAUAAAAGAUUGCGAGGACGCGGUCUGGAGCGGUUGCAAGCUUUUGCCGAGUGGGCGUCGCAGCAGGACAAGCCGGUCGUCGUCGGCGGGCACUCGUUGUUUUUUCGCGGGUUUUUCCGGGAAUUCCUGCCGGUCGGUGCCAACCCGUUCAACGCUCGGGAUACGAAGAUCGCGAACGGCGGCGUCGUCGCGCUGACUUUAGAAAGAGGUACCGUCCAAGGUCCCGACGGGUCGUCCGUGGUCCAAUAUAGAGUCGCGCCCGAGUCCGUGGCGGAGGUGCACCUUGGUUUUGUCACCAAGAAGAAGAAGGACAAGAAGGCCUAGAAGUCACUAAGGACACAUGUUACAGUAGUACUUCGCGGCGAUGGCGUGCUGGCGGGGUAGACGACGCGGCUUCACGAUUCGGCCGGGCGCUCGGACGGUGCAGAGCAGCGACGGUGGUCCACGACGUUGGCUGAGGCCCGCGGGAAUGUUGGCGGCGCGACAGGACGAGU